AUGGCUUCACACGGUGCGGACGAAGCUACACUUGCAUCGCUGUCUAGGACCUUCAUUCACGGCUCCCACAUUCUUCAUCACCACGGCGUUGUUGAUGCCUAUGGUCACUUGUCGUUUCGGCAUCCAUCCAGACCAGACAUCUUCCUCAUGUCACAUAAUGUAGCUCCAGCAAGCAUUUCCUCUCCAGAAGACUUGAUUGCAUAUCGAGUCAAGGAUGCGGAGCCCGACCAGUGGACCGAGGCCAAAGGCUACGCCGAGAGAAUGAUUCAUUCAGAGAUUUACAGGCGGCAUCCUCACAUUCAGGCUGUUGUGCAUAGCCACGCCGACUCGGUAGUGCCGUACACCAUCUCCUCGGUUGUAUUGAAGCCUUGCUAUCAUAUGGCCGCAUUUAUUGACCCAUCUGGCGCUCCGGUGUACGACAUCGCGGAUCAUUUCCGCAACGACGACCUGCCCGACAUGUUGGUGAGCAAAGAGCAUCUGGGCGCAGCGCUGGCGGAGCUCUUUGACGGCACAAAUGUCUUGGCUCUGAUGCGCGGCCAUGGCUUCACCGUCGUGGCGGAAAGUAUGGAGCUGGCUGUGCUUCGGGCCGUCUACACGCAGAAAAAUGCAUCGAUACAGACAACUGCCUUGCAGCUCGCACGGGAUAUCCUGCAGACCUCUACCACUUCUGGGAUAAAGUAUCUCAGCCCGCGAGAGUGCGAGGCUGCCAACGGUAGAAUCCUUUGGUCACACAAGCGGCCGUGGGAGUUGUGGGUUCGCGAAGUAGAAGCGCAGCCCUUGUAUACUAAUCUAGCUUAA